CUUAUCGCAGAUAAAAACAUGGUAUAGAGAGAAAAAUUCAGUCGAUACUGAACAUUCACCAGCUAUGGAUAAACAGAAUAAGUUUGAAAUGACGGAUACAAGAUAUCCAGCGAGUCCACCGUACCCAGGAGAUUCAGGGUUUCAACCCCAACAACCUCCUUACGGCAAUCCUCCACCAUACACAGAACACCUAAUAGUAGGUCCACCAGUGCAAACCACUGUUAUCACAACAUCACCAACCAUUGUGAUGAUCAACAAUUUGGGACCAAAUCCAACGUCAUGCUUUUGUACUGUGUGUAAUAAGCAAGUUGUCACUGCUGUGAAAAAAGAAACAACUCUCAGGACUCAUUUGUUUGCAGGAAUUCUGUGUCUUUUUGGAUGUUGGUGCUGUGUUUGUAUACCAUACUGUGUGGAUAGUCUCAAAAAGUCAUUUCAUUACUGCCCACAAUGUAACGCCUACCUUGGAUCGAGCACAUGAAUUAUGUGAAGUGAUUAGUAAAAAAAUAUAUUUAUGUUUUUUUCAUAUACUUUAUGGUGAGAAAAUGUCAUAGAAGUCCAAUACACUUAUGACAUAUUUUUUUAUUAAUAUUAUGAUUUAAAAUAAAGCUAACUUUUUUUCAUAAAUUUAAACAAUUCGUACAAAAGUUAAUUACCAAAUUGUUAUAUCACAUUGUCUUUAAUGUACACGAUUAACACAUUUAGCGAUUUAUCUAAAUUGAGUUACGUAAGUAAUAAAUUUACCUUAAAAUA